AUGUUGGAGCUGAGGCACCGGGGAGGCUGCCCCGGCCCCGGGGGAGCGGUGGCGCCGCCACCCCGCGAGGGAGAGGCGGCCGGCGGCGACCACGAAACCGAGAGCACCAGCGACAAAGAAACAGAUAUUGAUGACAGAUAUGGAGAUUUGGAUUCCAGAGCAGAUUCUGAUCUUCCAGAUAUCCCACCGUCCUCAGAUAGAACUCCUGAAAUUCUCAAGAAAGCUCUGUCUGGUUUAUCCUCAAGGUGGAAAAACUGGUGGAUCCGUGGGAUUCUUACUCUGACUAUGAUUUCAUUGUUUUUCCUGAUCAUCUACAUGGGAUCCUUUAUGCUGAUGCUUCUUGUUUUGGGCAUCCAAGUGAAGUGCUUCCAUGAAAUUAUCACUAUAGGGUACAGAGUCUAUCGUUCUUAUGAUCUACCAUGGUUCAGAACUCUAAGCUGGUACUUCCUACUGUGUGUAAACUACUUUUUCUAUGGAGAGACAGUAGCAGAUUAUUUUGCUACAUUUGUUCAAAGAGAAGAGCAGCUGCAGUUCCUCAUUCGCUACCACAGAUUUAUAUCAUUUGCCCUCUACUUGGCAGGUUUCUGCAUGUUUGUGCUGAGCUUGGUGAAGAAGCAUUAUCGUCUGCAGUUUUACAUGUUCGCAUGGACUCAUGUCACUUUACUGAUAACCGUUACUCAGUCACAUCUUGUCAUCCAAAAUCUGUUUGAAGGCAUGAUAUGGUUCCUUGUUCCGAUAUCAAGUGUUAUCUGCAAUGACAUAACUGCUUACCUUUUUGGAUUUUUCUUCGGAAGAACUCCAUUAAUAAAGUUGUCUCCUAAGAAGACGUGGGAAGGCUUCAUUGGCGGUUUCUUUUCCACAGUCAUUUUUGGAUUCAUUGCUGCCUAUGUGCUCUCCAAAUACCAGUACUUCGUCUGCCCCGUGGAGUACCGCAGCGACGUGAACUCCUUUGUUACGGAGUGUGAGCCUUCCGAACUUUUCCAGCUUCGGAGUUACUCCCUUCCUCCCUUUCUAAAGGCAGUGUUGAGACAGGAAACAGUGAGCUUGUACCCCUUCCAGAUCCACAGCGUUGCUCUUUCAACAUUCGCAUCUUUAAUUGGCCCAUUUGGAGGCUUCUUUGCCAGUGGGUUCAAAAGAGCUUUCAAAAUCAAGGAUUUUGCAAACACCAUUCCUGGCCAUGGUGGGAUAAUGGACAGAUUUGAUUGUCAGUAUUUGAUGGCAACUUUUGUGCAUGUGUACAUCACAAGUUUUAUAAGGGGCCCAAAUCCUAGCAGAGUGCUGCAGCAGUUGUUGGUGCUUCAACCAGAACAGCAGCUAAAUAUAUACAAAGCCCUCAAGACUCAUCUCAUUGAGAAAGGACUCCUGCAGCCCACCCUGAAGGUAUAACUGGAUCCGCAGAGGGAAGGCCUGACAAGAUGGAACUCUCCAGAGAAGCACAGGCAGAUGGAAUUUUGUUAAUUGUACAGAAAAAAAAGCAGUUGAAAAUGCAAUAGAUUUGAAGUUUUACAGACACGAAUGUUUCUUCUCUGAAAUUACUGUGAAUAUUUAACAAACACGUACUUGAUCUAAGUUAUGAAAUAAGUAGCCAAUUGCCAGCAAAAUAUCCUGUACCUUUUCUAAAGUGUAUUUUCUGAUGUUAACUUCCUCCCCCUACUCGCUAGGUUUCAUCAUUUAAAAGCCUUGUAUUUUUAAAAAGUCAAACACUAUAAAAUGAGAAAAUUGAGGAUGUCUCAAGAUUGCAGCUGGCAGUGGGACCUUUUGCACUAAUAUUUACUUUUACACUUGGAGCUGCUCUCAAUUUUAACAAGCUCUUUUAUGUAAGGCACAACAGGAAGUCUGUUCUCCUGCAUUUCCUCCUCUUGCAACCCGAAGUAUUUUCUGAAGGGCUGUGUUGGACACCCCAGCACCACCACCGCCACCGCUGAUUGUCCACUUUUGAAAGAGGUAAUCAUUUGCCAGGGGAAAACAUUGUGCUCUUAGGUUGGUUCAGAACUCAGGAGAGGAAGGCUAAUUUUCUGUCAUUACUGGUUUCUUGGAAAGAGCAGGUAUCAACUCUACUUCUGAUAAACUUGUGUGGAAAAAUAUAACCUCGCAAAGACUUUUCAAGAGAAACAAAGGAGAACUCUGCUAUAAAAAACCAGAAAGUAUGGACCCUUUACAGAUGAUCUGAACUGAAGACCGUAGCUCUGGAGGCAGCAUCAGCCUGUGGCAUUGACUAUCUCGUGGUCAAGUCCUUGGCUUUUCCUUGUUUCGUUUUUUCUUUUCCUAAGUUCUGUAUCCAUGAGCACACAGUGAGAUCAUGUGGGUAGUGAGUAGGGGCAGUGGCUGAAGCAGCCCAGGGGAUGCCUGACGGAGGGAGUGAGACCUGUCCCCAGAGGAGGCCCUGUCCACUCAUGUCCUGUGCCUGCAGCCUGGUUCCCAGGGGCAGCCCCCUGGAAGCUCAGCUGGGAAGGAGGAGGAUCUGCCUGGACACCUGUCCCAGAGCAGCUCCCUGGUCAUAGCUAAUCCUUGUCCCUUUGCUCUUCCACAUCAUGUUAUAAAAUUCGAAGACAGGAGCUGAUUAUUUUUUCUUCCAAGAAUGAAAAUCAAACAGAAGUGAUUCCCACCAAGAACAAAAGCCCACAAGUGCCAAACCUUUCUUUUGGUGGACUGGGCACCGUAAGCAGGAGCACAUUUCUAAUUAGUGGACAUCCAUGAGCUAUUUAAUGUUGCCGUGCAUUCUCUGCAGCCACAUUUGAUGAUACUAGAUGGUGGGCACUAAGCAUUCAAAGCUUGUCCAGUGCUCCUGGCUAAGUAGCCAGAGGGGAGAAACAUAUUUUAAAGAACAUUUUGCUAAUGAAAAGAGGAAAUAUUUUUGUUUAAAUCAGAAACAGAUUCUGGUUAUACAUUUCCAUCCUAUACCUAUACCUAAAAUAGAAGACUGUAGAUGUAGUUACACUCAGUACCAAGAGUCUCAGUCCUUGUCUGGCCUGCGUUCAGUUGAUUCGUCACCACUGAUGUGUUCCAUUAGUGUCAUUUCACAUGACUUCAUAAAACUCUAGACCCCCCAUUAGAAAUGCAGGAGAGAAUGAGCACUUUUAAAACCUACAAGUUAAUGUUUAGCACUUCGUGUUAUUUGCCCGAUUAGCAGCUCCAAAUGUUGAUCACAAAAGAAUUUAGGAUAUCAGAGUUUAAAAAAUAAAAUGAAAGUUCUCUGAUAGCAGCUUGUAUUUAAAACUCAAUAGUUUGCACAAGGAAAAACACAAAACUCCCUCUGUAUUUUUAUUUAAAUUAUUUGGUGAGGCAUUGCACUACAGAAUUGUAAGAAAGCACUGCUGAUUAUAUGUAUUAUAAAAUCAUUAUUGCUAUAAGGAAAACAUGAAGUUAGAAGUAUUUGGGGUCACAGUUAAAGCUUUUUUCUCAAAUAUACUUUUAAGAGUUGGGUGUACAUUCUAUAUGUAAAAAGUAAAUUCUUAAUUUUAACAGAGUUCUAAAGAUUGACCUUUUUAGCAUACUUUUAUAGCAUGUAUAUUGAAAUAGAAUAUAUUUUAACAAAAGAUUGCCAUAAAACCCUGAAUUUGAUCAUUUUUAUAUUUGCACUGUGAAGAGGGCUUAACUUCCAGUGUGGCUGUGUGGUGAUAGCAAAAUGAAAGUCUAGGAGCCGCUUUCACAGGAACGGCUAAUUGUUCACAACUCUCUGUGCCAGGAGGUCCUCUAAUGGUACUUAUGCUUGGCUUUUUAACCUGUGGGAUGCAGAUGUUCCUCAGUGCUUCACCCCUGGGGUGGUGCAUUUGCAUUUAUUAUCUGAGAAUAAAAAAUAUUCCACCCACCCAUGUGUUUUUCAUUCAUAGUAUCUCUUCACUUGCACUUUGGUUUGAGCAUUGAUAGUGUCACCUUGUUCACUGAACGGCAGAAACCAUGUAUACAUCUGUAGUGGAUGUGGACGAUAGCUUAUACUACGUGUCAUUCAGUUCUCAAAAUCUUUUAUUAAAACUGAGA